AUGAUCGCGGGGGUGGAGACGGAUAUGGAGAGGAGUGAGUAUAUGGAACGGUUGGAUGCUGUUGCUGUUGUGAAUGGGGGAACGACGGCGAGGGGGGAGAGCGCGAGUACCGCGGGGGGUGGGGGGAAGAGGAAGAGGAGGGCAGCGGUGGAGGGCGAGGUGGAGAGGGAGGAGGGAAGUCGGAGGAGCGGGAAAAAGGCAAAGGGGGGUCAGUCGAGUUCGAGCUCGUUGAACCUGCCGUUUGAAAAUAUUACAAGUGGUGGGUAUCUGGUUCAAACUUUACAUUUCCUCGUGCUCUCUUACGACUACCGUUAUCUCGAAUCCGAGCCGAUGUUCGCGUCAUGA